UCCGGCGGGGAGUUGGUGGGUGAGACUUGGGUAAUCCGGCUUGGGAGAGCAAGAGCCAUGGCUGGCCUGGUGGACUUUCAGGACGAGGAACAGGUGAAGUCGUUUCUGGAGAAUCUGAAGGUGGAAUGCAACUAUCAGUGCUACCAAGAGAAGGACCCGGAUGGUUGUUACCGGCUGGUGGACUAUUUGGAAGGGAUCCAGAAGAAUUUUGAUGAGGCUGCCAAGGUCUUGAAGUUCAACUGUGAAGAGAAUAAACACAGUAAUAGCUGCUACAAACUGGGGGCCUAUUACGUGACUGGGAAAGGCGGACUGACCCAGGACUUGAAAGCUGCUUCCAAAUGCUUUCUGAUGGCAUGUGAGAAGCCUGGAAAGAAGUCUGUGGAGGCAUGUCACAAUGUUGGUCUCUUGGCACAUGAUGGACAGGUCAACGAUGAUGGCGAGCCUGAUCUGGGGAAGGCCAGAGACUAUUAUACAAGGGCCUGUGAUGGCGGCUAUGCCCCUAGCUGCUUCAACCUCAGCACCAUGUUUCUGGAGGGUGGUACCGGCUCUCCCAAGGACAUGGGCCUAGCAUGCCAAUAUUCAUUGAAAGCCUGUGACCUAGGUCAUAUCUGGGCCUGUGCUAAUGCCAGCCGCAUGUACAAGCUGGGGGACGGUGUGGAGAAGGAUGAAGCCAAAGCCGAGAUGCUCAAAAAUCGGGCCCUGAAGCUGCACAAAGAACAACAGAAAAACGUCCAACCUUUAACAUUUGGGUAGUGUGGCCCACCCUGCUGUGCAACAGAGACUGGCCCCUCCUAUUCCUGAUGCAGCCCUGGGGGGUCAACCUGCUGGAGCAGAAAGACUUGGGACUUGGUAUUAGUAGCCCUGGUUACUUGUACCUGUAACCCAGGUAUAUGAUUACAUUGUCACCUACUGGGAUAUAGCCUGAAGUGUUUAUUUCUUUAACUGAUGUGUUCUCUGAAGAGACCCAUAUUAAUGGGGUCUUAGAUCUCAAAUUCUUAUAGUUCUGUGAAAAACAGCAAACUAGAGAGCUAUAGAGAUUGGGGGUGGGAAGGAGAGACAAAGAGCAGGAAAUUGAAUAAAUUAGCAGCUACAGAGCCUGAAGGAAUCAGACAUCAUCAUCAUGAUUAUUAUUUUAGUUGGGGGAGAGGGGCUUGAAAAUCAGCAAGUAUCUUGAUUUACAUAAUAGAGGGUUUAAGGAACUAAGAAUAGUCAUGACUGCCACCCUCUGGUUUAUAUAAUCUUGGCGUGGGCUUUUGCCUUUAGAGUCACAUUUUUCAGUAAAUUCAGAGAUCAGAAAGGUUAAAGGUGGAUACACUUCAGGGUUGCUAAGGAGGAUGAAACAGGCUCUCCCUCAGUGGAGACGUUCACAGUGGGCUAGCAUCCCCAGCCCACUUACUUGGUGCUGCUCAUCACGCUGAGGGAGCAGGUUAUUCAGGUAGGGAUUUGCAAGUACGGGCUUUGUGGCACAUUUUGUCCCCCGGAACUGAACCCUUUUAACCGUCCCUGUGAAUAAACUAUUUUGAUUGA